AUGUCUCUUUCCUCUCAUCUGCGGGCCCUCGCGUCAUCCUUAGGGUGGAGGGUCUUCACUCCCUCAUCCUCUGACGGACGUUACGCUGUCUCGAUUGUUGUACUUCGCACAGAGAAGCGCAUCGGCGCACCAAACCUUCUAUGCCUUCUCGAAGCACCCCUUCGGCGGCACAUCGAUGCAGCAGCAGCGCAUUGGAAGGGUUUCUCACGCCAGCCACUGCCAACUACAUCGACGUGCACUCCCAGUGGAAUGCACCCCUUCCCCUCCACCGGUGCAAGCACGGGCUCUGUCACCGCAGCUCGGACUGUCUUUUGGCUCUGCGCCGCCACCAUAACCGCAUCAAGGGGAAGUGUCGCCGCGUAG